AUGAUGCUAAUUAGAAAAUCUUUAGCUAUCAGCUAAACUUAAAAUAUUUUAAAAGGCUUGUUUAGUGUUAGGAAUUCUAAAGCUGCUUAGCAUUAGAUUAGAAGCAGAAAUUUUUUUGAAGUUGAUCCUAUAUUCCCUGAUGGUAAGGACGAUGAAUCUAAAUUAUACAGAGAUUUUGAAAGAACCAAAUUUGGAUCUAAUCAAAGAGACUAAAGAAUUAUUUUUGAAAGACAUACCAGCCACAUGAUGAAGAGAAUAAAUCAAUCUCUUGAAAGAGAAGAAAAAAUUAAAAAAUUAAAAGGAAGACAAUAUAAAAAAUAAAAAGAAGAAGUUUAAGCUAUUGCUGAAAAUGUAUUUUUGGAUGAGGAAACUAAGUUACCUUAUGGUAUUGGAUUAGAUGAUUAUAUUGAACUUAUCAAAGAAGAAUCAAUUACAACUAAGACUGGUUAGUUCUACAGCACUUUAGAAGUUAUAUGUAGAAAAAUUGGUGCUUACAACGAUGUUGAACUUGUUAAAUUAUAUCAAUUUAUUCUUGCUGAAAAGGUUGCUGAUUCCUUCAAAAAUGAAGCUCGUUAAUUCUUGCUUAAACGUCUUAUCCAAGAAAUCCAAAAGCUUGGCUGGAAUUCAUAAUAGGCCAAAUCCAAGCUUUCAAGCUAUUUAGAUUCUUCAAAGGCUAGCAACGAAUUUGUCGAAAAUGCCUUAAAGGAGGGCAACUCUGAAGGAUUUGCACAAACUAUUUCCACCUUAUUUAAGGAAGAGUUAAUUUCUUAAGAAGCUAAGAAUCGUGCUAUUACCAACAUUUAAGAAAAAAUUCGUUUCAACACAAAUUUAAAGAGGGUUAAGUAGCCACCAAGAAGAAUUGAUUAAGAUGAUCCAUUCUUCUCUGAAGAAAGUGAUUCAGAAUCAAACUUUUCUGAACCUCUCUUCAACUUUGAAGACAAAAAAGCUACAGUUAAAGAUCUUGUAGAUCCUUUCAUUACUUAAGGUAGAAAAUAAUUGGAAACCUAAUUGAUUUGGGCGAAAGUUAAAUAAAACUAUUAUGAUAACAAGAGAAAGUUUUAUAAGGAAAAAAUGUAUACUGAAGAAGAUAAAAGCAAAGAAGUAGUUAAAAAAGAUAUGACUCUUAAUGUUAUUGACUUCUUAAUUGAUUCCAAGGAUGAAUAAGAAAUCAAAACAAUUCUUGAUAAGUACAACCUCGUUGAUGAGGUUAUCCCAAAACCUGAAUUUAAAGAAAUCUUGAAAAACAUCGAUUACCUUGUUGAUUAAGCCUCUACCUCUAUUAAGGUUUAGAUCGCUAAAGAAAAGAACCAAAAUAAAGACUUAUAUUUUAGAGGAAACUUCUUACAAGAAAAUUUAAAGCCUGAAGAUUUGAUGUGGAAACACUUCCAUAAUAACUUCGUUUCUAUCUUCCCAGAAAGCAUGCCCGAAUAAGAAUAAAUCAGUUAGUCUGUUCAAAAUGAAAACGAUAUCAGAUUCCACCCUAAAGAAUUAGAUAUUGUUGAUUAUGGUAGCAGCAAUUCAAAGGAAUAAGAAAAUAGAAAACGUGGUGAAAGAGAUCUUUCUAAGGAUAAUUAAAUCGAAAUUGAACUUUAUAGAAGAAUUAAGACUGACCCAUUCUUCAGACAUUAUAUUUAGAACGAAAUUAAAUAUUUCACUGAAAGAAUCGAAGACGGUGUACUUGAUAUUGCUUAAGUCAUUGUUCCUGCUGAUAGAAAGAAUGAUACACCCUUCUAUUACGAUCCAACUUUAGAAGAUAUCCCUCUUGAUUUGAUUGAUGAUGAAUAAUUAAGAAUGAAAUACUAAAAACUUAAAAAAGAAAAAGAUCAAGGAAUUAAAGUAUUUGCUUCUGGUAAAAGAAAAACUUCUAGUUGCCUUGUAGUGAUUAAAGAAGGUACAGGAAAAGUAUUUGUUAACAAUGAAAUUUUCUAUCGUUACUUUACUCAUUCAUACAACAGAAAUAUUGCCUUAAAGCCUAUGCUACUAUCCACCCAAUAUUGUGAGUAUGACCUCCAUUUCUACGUUAGAGGUGGUGGUGUUAUGGGUCAAUCUCAUGCUUGCCAAAUUGCUCUUGCUAGAGGUCUCACUUAAAUACAUCCCAACCUUAGACCUAUCUUCAUGAAAUUUGAUUUACUUCGUACUGAUUACAGACAAAAGGAAAGAAAGAAAACUGGUAGAUAUAAAGCCAGAAAAGCUCACACUUACGUUAGACGUUGA